AGCCAGAACGUUCUAGAAAAAAGAAACACGAGCACAAACUGAAAAGGUCAACAUCAUCGGCUCAGAGCUAGCACUAUAAGAGAAGUAGGUUCUGUUCCUUACAGUUCCAAAAUCAGACAUCAUGGCUGGAGUAGAGAUGUUCCCUAAAGAAUAUGGUUACGUAGUUUUUGUUCUUGUUGCUUAUUGCUUUCUCAAUUUCUGGAUGGGGUUUCAAGUUGGUUCAGCUCGCAAGAAAUACAAGGUCCCUUAUCCAACCCUUUAUGCCAUUGAAUCAGAAAACAAAGAUGCCAAGCUCUUCAACUGUGUUCAGAGAGGACAUCAGAAUUCCCUGGAAAUGAUGCCAGUGUUCUUUUUGCUGAUGGUGUUAGGAGGGAUAAGGCAUCCUUGUGUUUGUGCUGCCCUUGGUUCUCUUUUCCUUGUGACUCGGUAUUUCUAUUUCACUGGCUAUGCUACUGGAGAUCCCAAAAACCGUCUUAAUAUUGGGAAAUAUGGAUUCUUGGCUUUGUUGGGGCUUAUCGGGUGCACCAUUUCAUUUGGCAUCAGUCUUCUUCGAGGAUAGUCCCUUUUUCUGCUCUUUACUUGGCUUGAGCCUUUGCUUUCCUGUAAUUUCCAUGUCCCAUCUACACUUUUGUAGUGUUUUGUGUUAAAUAAGCUGUACUUUCCCUGAACAUUAAUGGCGAUGGGGCCUCCCUUGGUUUCUCAAAUCUUUUGUUGUUGGUGCUGUAUUAUGCGGUAACUGAUAGCUCCGAUAUUUAUUUAUCCUCCACCACCUCUUUGCCAGGAAAUGCGUCUGAUUCCUGUUGAAUUGGUCCACGUCAAUAGUUUAUGAUUUUAGGAGAGAUCCAGAUAAGUUGACCUAAUCAGUUUACAGUAUAAUAUUGAUCAUGCUUUGAAAAUGCAGCAAGAGCUGGUGAUA